AGCUUAUGUUAUUGGGGUUCAUAUCGUUGCUCCUAACGGUAGGACAAGGUCCAAUAUCAAGGAUAUGUAUAUCAGAAAAAGUUGCAGGGACAUGGCACCCCUGCAGAGAUGAGGAAGAGACCGGAGACUCGUCAAAUGAAGAAUCAGAACAAAAAAUCACUGGUCGCAGAUUACUAGCCGCGUUCUUUGGUUCGUACGAGGAAAUUCCUCGACGUGUUUUGGCGGGAGGAGGAAGCGACAAUUGUCCCGAGGGUAAAGUCCCGUUUGUGUCAUCGGAUGGUAUUCAUCAACUCCAUAUAUUUAUCUUCGUGCUGGCUGUUUUUCACGUCCUUUACUCUGUUCUCACUAUGGCUCUAGGAAGAUUAAAGAUGAAAAGGUGGAAGCGAUGGGAAGAGGAAACCAAGACAGCUGACCAUCAAUUUUCAAACGAUCCCGAGCGGUUCAGAUUUGCGAGGGAUACAUCAUUUGGGAGAAGACACUUGAGUUUCUGGACCAAAAAUUCUGUCCUCAUUUGGAUUGUUUGUUUCUUUAGGCAGUUUGUACGGUCAGUUCCUAAAGUGGAUUACUUGACCUUGAGACAUGGAUUUAUAAUGGCACAUUUGGCUCCUCAAAGUCACUCGCAGUUUGAUUUUCGGAAAUAUAUAAAACGAUCGUUGGAGGAGGAUUUCAAAGUUGUUGUAGGAAUCAGUCCUCCAUUCUGGUUCAUCGCAGUGGUGUUUCUCCUCUUUAAUACUCAUGGCUGGUACUCUUAUCUAUGGAUGCCAUUUAUUCCUUUGAUUAUCCUCCUAUUAGUCGGAACCAAGCUGCAAGUAAUCAUAACUGAGAUGGGACUAAGAAUUCAUCAAGGAGGAGUGGUUCUGAAGGGCGUGCCGUUGGUGCAGCCAGGGGAUCACCUGUUCUGGUUUAACCGACCCGGCAUAAUUCUCAACCUCAUCAAUUUUGUCCUCUUUCAGAAUGCUUUCCAGCUUGCUUUUUUUUCAUGGAGUGCGCUUCAAUUUGGUAUUAGAUCCUGUUUUCAUUCGCAUACGGAGGAUGUGGUGAUCAGAAUCUCAAUGGGGUGA